UUAACCAGCAAUCCAGAGAUUUCCAGCGAAUACAGGCCAAGGAAAAAGAAGAUGUGGCCAUUUUAGAAUCAUUGGACACCCAUAAUGCUGAUGCCCAAGAUCUUGUUGAGGCACUUUUUUCAUCACUAAAACCGCAAUCUAGAUAUACGCCUUCAUUCUCUCAAUAUGGGAAUAUAGAUACCUUUGUCCUACUAGUGACAAGGGAUCUUAAAACCCUUAAUACUAAAAUACCCACCACACAGUUAAAUCUUGAGAUGGAAGAACUACAGGCGCUAGAUGAACUCAGCAAGAAUGAUGAUCUUGUAAUAAAACCUUCAGAUAAGGGCGGAAACGUUGUCCUUAUGGACAAACUGGAUUACAAAAAGAUGGUUGAAGACUUGGUUAAACAAACAGACACCUAUCAAAAGCUAGAUCACAAUCCGACAGAUACAUUUCUGGGUGACCUCAAAUUGAUACUCUCUGCAGCAAAGGAAGAAAAACUCAUCUCUAAGGAGGAAUUUAAAUACCUCUUUAAGCUGCAUCCAACAACUGCCACCAUCUAUGCCAUUCCAAAGGUGCACAAGCAAAGGCGACCAGUGCCAGGCAGACCGAUAGUAUCCGGCAAUAAGAGCAUGACAGAAAAUAUCAGCCAGUAUGUAGAUGAGUUUUUAGCACCAUUUAUACCCAGCUUACCUUCAUAUAUUAGGGAUACCAAGGAUGUGGUCAUCAGGCUCCAGGAUAUACAGGUCACAUCACAGACCAAGCUAGCAAGCCUUGAUGUUGAGGCUUUGUACACCAACAUCAGGCACGAUCUAGGGAUCAAGGCAGUCUCCACUUUUCUUUCCACUAAGAGCACCCAAUUCAGUGCACAUAGUGAGUUUAUUUUAACUCUCCUCAAAUUUUUACUCACGCACAAUUAUUUUCUUUUUGAUGGACAUUACUACCUACAAACGGUUGGCACCGUGAUGGGUAGUAAGUGUGCACCAAAUUAUGCUAAUUUGUUUUAG